GUAAUACUGUGUGUUGUUCUUUUGUUAAUAAAAAAAAUUUUUUAAUUAAAAAAUAUUGAUAAUUAUUUAACAAAAAUGAGUACCCAAGUAUUGGUAGAUGAUGAUAUUUAUGGAGGAUAUGAUGAUUAUUCUUUGAUGUUCAGUGGAACUAACCAAAAUUUAGCAUUUCAAGAUGCUCUGGAAAUGAACAAUGUCAGAAGAAAUAUUACAACUCCGAGGCUGCCUCCAGGAACUGCGAUGCGUUUGGGAACGUCAACGGGGUUUCAUCGUACGGGAGCUGGGAUCACGGGGCGACCAGGUACAGGACUUAGGCCGAUGACAGCUGUACGUGGUGCUGGGUAUACCAGUAGCCGCCAGGCGACAUUUGAUCCUCUCAAUAUGGGAAGUAAUUCUCGUGGCCCUGCUCCACCUUUGGAUUCUGGGAAAGAAGACACCCCAGAGGGAAAAAUAAAAAAUGGAGAGCGAAAAAUAAUGGAACUGAUUGAAAGUUCUGCUCAAGCUGCUAGUGAAGGUAACAUGCGGGUUGCCCUAGAGAGGGCUAGAGAAGCUUCUUCGAGAGAAAAAGUUUUAAUUCGUUUGCAAGAACAAGCUGGAUUGAGUGAUAGUCAUAAUCUAGAUUUAACUUUUGCUGUUUUAGUUAAUUUAGCAUCUCAGUAUACUAAUAAUGAAAUGUAUACGGAAGCAAUAGCAACUUAUCAAGCAAUAACGCGAAAUAGAAUGUUUAAUAAUAGUGCAAGGCUAAAAGUUAAUAUGGGAAAUAUUUAUGUUAAAAUAGGCCAACUUUCACAAGCUAUUAAAAUGUAUCGAAUGGCUUUGGAUCAAGCACCAGGAGCUCAUAAAGAUCUAAGGAUUAAAAUAAUGCAUAAUAUAGGUAUGUUGUUUGUCCAAAUGGGUCGCUUAGAGGAAGCAGCGAACAGUUUCGAAUGGGUGAUGCGAGAAAGAAGUGAAUUUAAAGCUGGGUUGCAUGCUAUUUUAUGUCACUUUGCACUAUGUCAUCGAGAUAAAAUGAAACGAGGAUUUUUAGAACUACUUGAAGUUCAGCUUAAUACUGAUCAAGAAGAAAAAUAUUCAAUUAAUACUGAUGAUGCAGUAAACAAUAUACUUAAUGAAAUAAUAAAAACAGAUCAAUUGUCAUUAUUAGAAAAUGAAAUGAAAUCAGAAGCGGAAAAAUCAAUUUUAAGCGCUGCUAAAUUAAUUGCUCCAGUAAUUGAAGAUACUUUAACAGCAGGAUUUUCUUGGUGUGUAGAUAUUAUAAGAUCAUCAUCAUACAGCUCUCUGGCAGCGGAUUUAGAAAUAAAUAAAGCUAUGGUUUUACUGCAUAAUCGAGAAACUUCUCUGGCAAUUGACACACUUAAAAUGUUUGAAAAUCGUGACAUUAAAGCAAACAGCGCAGCAUCAACCAUGCUAUCAUUCAUCUACUUCCUUCAAGGUAAUUAUGAAUUGGCUGAACGUUGCGGUGAAGCUGCUCGUAACGCAGAUAGUUAUAAUGCUGCGGCUUACGUAAAUCUUUCAGCAUGUGCGAUAAAAAAAGGCGAAUUAGAAAGAGCUAGAGAAUUAUUGUUAUGUGCACUUGACAGUGAUGCUAGUCAUGUACAAGCUUUAUAUAAUUUAGGAUUGGUCUAUAAAAAACAAGAAUGGUACGAAGAUGCACUUGAAUGUUUCUGGAAAUUACGAAACAUCGUGAGAUAUGAUCCUCUGACACUAUUCCAGAUCAGUCAUUUGUAUCAGCUAACUAAAGACGUUGAUCAAUCUUUGGAAUGGUAUAAUCAGCUGCUGGGUAUUAUACCAUCUGAUCCUGGAGUGCUACAAAAAUUAGGAGAAUUGUACGAUAGUUUAGGAGAUAAACAACAAGCAUAUCAAUAUUACAGUGACUCUUACAGAUACUUCCCAGGUAAUUUUGAAGUUAUCGAUUGGCUUGGGUCUUACUUUAUUUCGAUGCAGGUUGCCGAAAAAGCCUUACCUUACUUCAAAAGAGGAGUGGAGUUAGCUCCAGAUCAACCACGUUGGCGAUUGUUAGUAGCGGCUUGUUUGAGACGAACUGGCCAGUUUCACAAAGCAUUGGAGGAAUAUCAGGACAUACAUGAAAAGUUUCCUGAAAAUAUCGAGUGUCUUAAGUUUUUGAUCAGACUGUGCAGUGAUUUGGGCUUGAAAGAAGCUCAACUGUACGCUUCAGAGCUGAAGAAAGUUGAAAAAGCUAAGGAACUCAAGGAACGUCAAGGUUCUGCUAGACCAGGUUCAAAAAGAAGUAAUAGUGGCAACUCUUCGCGAGGAGGCUCUGGAAUUAGCAUGCAAUCUGAUUAUAAAUCGAGUCCAAUCGCAAGUCGUAAAGAGCCACGCUCGUCUUUUAGUAACGGAAAUUCUCGUUUAAGUCGAGUUAAUACUCUAGAUAAUUUUGAUAAUAUUUUACCUGAGUCACCAAAUGACGUGAUUUAUUCAGAUCCUGUGGGACCAUUACCAACACGACCUAUGACGGCCGCUGGAAAAAGAGAUGAAGAUUUUGGUGAUGAAGAACUAGGUGACGAUUUAUUGCCUGUUUAAUUUAAAGUAAUUUCUUCUAUUGAACUUAAAUUAUUAACGUAAUGUAAGUUUAUCAAUUUUGUCUAAUUGAUAGUUCUUGUUUGUAAAUAAAUAACUUUAUUCAAUUAUUAAUCUAA